UGCACAACGGCUUGACAGCGGAAGUGAUUCUCUCCCUCAGUAGGUCACAAUGGCGGCGCGCUGCAUGUGAAAAGGACAUAACGCGAACCGGCUCUAUGCUUUGAGAACAUGUUUAAAACACCAUGUACCAGACUGUCAGGUCUGGUCGGUGCAAGUGUGAGCCAGAAGUUAUUAGGAAAUGCUUCCAUCAAUUAUCAGACUGCUCGCAGCCUUAUUCAUUUAUAUAGGAAAGACCCAUCGAAUUGGAUAACAUACCAGCAGCUGCAUUUCCUAAAACGCCAGUAUGUUACAAAGGGCAGCAGCGAGCUCCAUCAGCGAGCCGUCCCUAAACAGACGCCUGCCAUCCCAGUUUUGGAUGAGAGGGACGACAGUGUGGUCCAACGGGUGCAGCAUGUACAGGCUAUCUAUCCCCCGCACCCAGCAGACAUUAUGCCUCAACCAGAUGAUGUCACCAGUGAGGAAGUGGUAUUGCCGGUAAUAUCUAAUGCACUGCCCUCGGCUGAAACGACCUUACUGAAGAAGGGGAGGGAGACAUCGGAUGAGACGCCACAUUUGCACGUGGAGACAGAUGAGGCCAGAGAGGCCCGUCUGGACCGACAGUGGAAGGAGCUCAAGGUCGACGUAUCCGAGCUACCGGGUGUCUAUGCCAGGCUAGCCAAGAGCAGACUAACAGCCCUGGUGGUGGUGACAGCUGCAGCUGGCUUCGCAAUGGCACCUGUACCCUUUGACCCGGGGAUGUUCGCCCUUGCUUGUCUGGGAACUGGUCUAGCCUCCUGUUCUGCCAACUCCAUCAACCAGUACUUUGAGGUGCCCUUCGACUCCAACAUGAACCGCACCAAGAACCGCCCUCUCGUCCGGGGACAGAUCAGCCCUCUGCACGCCGUCUCCUUCGCCCUGGCCUGCGGCGUGCCGGGCGUGGCCCUGCUCACGCUGGCCGUCAACCCCCUCACGGGGUUCCUGGGGGCCCUGAACAUCUUCCUGUACACCUGCUGCUACACCCCCCUGAAGAGGCUCAGCAUCGUCAACACCUGGGUGGGGGCGGUGGUGGGCGCCAUCCCCCCCGUCAUGGGCUGGACUGCAGCCACCGGGAGCCUUGACCCAGCCGCCCUGCUGAUGGGGGCCUUCCUGUACAGCUGGCAGUUCCCCCACUUCAACGCACUGAGCUGGAACCUGCGCGAGGACUACUCGCGCGGCGGCUACCGCAUGAUGUCCGUCACCCACCCGGACAUGUGCCGGCGGGUGGCCCUGCGGCACAGCGUGGCCCUGGUGGGCCUCUCGUGCCUGGGGCCCGCGGCCGGCCUCACCACCUGGACCUUCCCGCUUGUGUCGCUGCCCAUCAACCUGUACAUCAGCUACCUGGCGCUGCGCUUCUACCACCGCGCCGACCGCGGCAGCGCGCGCAAGCUCUUCUUCUGCAGCCUGUGGCACCUGCCCAUGCUGCUGCUGCUGGCGCUCACCUGCAAGAAGCCCGCCAAGGAGCAGAGCGGGGCCGACCUGCCCUCAGCCAAUCCCGUGCCCAGCUAAGCCACCGGCCGUCCCAGACUGGGCCACAUGUUGAGCGGUCGAGACGGAUAUCGCGCUGAAGGAACGACGAACACUCGCACACACAGGCAUGUGUUGCUCUGUACGACCUACGGGUGCGUCAUUGUAGGUCAGGGAUUGUGUAUGCAAAAACGGUUCAUCAACGGAUAACAUUCAGAAUGGUGGAAACCCCUGAGUUGCAUCAGGUUGUAAUAAUUUCGAUGUAUGUGUGUGUGUAUAUACAGUUGUCUAUUUAUUAUUAUGGUUUCCCACCACACCCUCACUAUGCUGUAUAUGACCGGUCUUGAGGUGAUGUCUGAUGUACAUUACUGAAGCAUUUAAGCCAAAAGAUUCUCCAAAUGGAACACAUUGCAUUAUGUAAAUGCAAAUCGACCCCAGGAAACAUAUGUAUGUGAUGUAAAAAUAGUAGGACAUUCUGUUGAUUAAAGCUUUGUAUGUUUGACAUUCUAACAGAGAAAAGAAUCACCCUCUACCACUGUAGUUAUUUUAUUUUUUAAGAAAUCAAUUGAAUCGUAUAGGAAUAAUGUAAUCUGCCUCACCGACUUCUGCAACACCUCGAUCUAACACAGUUCACCUGCGCCAGGGUAAUGAAAUAAUUAAACCUGUUGAACAAAAGAAAAGGCUCAAAUGUUGUUCUCUUGCACUGAAUGUUUUAUGACUCAACUGCCAUUGUGUGUAAUAGUAAUUAGUAGUUAUCUUUAGCUGCUCACACCUGCCCUUAAUGUCCUCUGUUAAGUCUAUUUAGAGUUCCUUUAAUUAUUCAUCAAUGGCUUUGUUUUUGAUACCUAAGGUAGACCAGUUGAUGGUGUUCUCGAUUUAGAUUAUCGUUGAUAUGCCCUGAUUGAACAUGUUGUCUCGGUGUCUGCAUGUUCAAUGCAGGGCUGAAACUAUUAGUCCCUUAAUCUAGCCGUUAAUGGACAGCAAUGGGUUGAUCGAUUGAUACCUUUUUAUUGAUUUAUCAUUCAAGCCAGUUAUCAAGUGAAAGAAUUGUGAUUAGGGCUUUGCCCUGAGUUUCAACCCUUAAUGUCUCCUGUCUCCUGUCUACCUGUAGGAAUCUGAAGUGCCAUGCUUAACCCUACCUGCUUGGCAAAUCUAAAAUGCAUUUAGUCUCCUUGGAUGAAAGCUUUUGCUCUGACUAAAUGGUCGUACAUAAAGUAAAGCGACACAUUUUUUAAUGCUAAUUUGCAGCAUCAGAAAUUAUUCUAUUUGAUAGCUUAUCUUCCAUUUAGGUGGUUUCUCUUAGUUGCUUGUCUGAAAAAGCAAGCGCAAGUUUGGACCCACGACUCAAAGGAUCAUUUCAGAUAUUUCCUUUUCCAUAGUUCA